AUGAUUCCUAUUGGCUUCUAUGAUGAUUCUUACGCUGAUGCAAAGGCUCGUAAUGUGAACAUUGAGCAAUUAAUCGAAGAGAAACGUGAAGUCGAAUGGAAAGCAUUUGAAGCAUUUGCAGCAGAGAUUGAAAAUCAAUCAAUCAAGGAAGAAGACAUGAAGAUGGAAGAGAGAAAGGAGCGUGAAGCUGUGGAAAAGCUAGAGAAUAUGCAGUAUAUGGACAGAUAUCGUCUCGUACUGGAACGUGUGACUACAGUACGUAAUCAUCAAGAGAAGAAGAAGAAGAAGAAGAGGAAGAUGGAUACGCUUAUCGUAACAAAGGACGUAAUGGAAGAAGAAGAAGAAGAGUCAAAUGCAGCUGUAAUGGCCAUGAAGGAAUACAAGAAGAAGCACAGGAAACUUCACAAGCAGCAACAAAAAGAGUUGAUGGACAGUGACGAUUCAAGUGACUUGGAUCCAUGUAAUUGGCGAUCUCGUGGGUUGUAA